AUGGGACGGGACAACUUUUUGGUUGUCCCGCGGAGCUCUGAGAACUACACUAUUGUCUACAACAUUUCAUAUAAUAUCAAACAAAUAAAUGAUGAUAAAUGUUUACAUGAUCUUAAUCCUGAACAAAAACGUGCCGUUACUUAUUCAAUAGAUCAAUCAACACUUGUUCUUAGUGGAACUGGCAGUGGAAAAACACGUGUAUUAAAAUCUCGUAUUGUUGAUUUAUUAAAAAAUUCUAAUAUAAAUCAUAUGAAAUAUUUGCUGUUAUAUUUAUAA